AUGGGUGCCAACCGAGGCCCCAAGCUGGGAGAGGAGGCUGGUGGAGGGAGGGCUCGCCGGGCACCAGAAGUACAGCAGGCGUCCAGUGCCCAGCAGAUGGAAAACCAACAGACAUCCCUGGGGCCAGUUACCAUGAAUGAGGGGGGCCCGGUGGAAGGGGUGCAGACUGCAAAUGCCCACCCCAAGCAGCCCAGUCAAUUCUCCCCAGAGCCUGUGCAGGCCAGUGUGGUUUCUGUGUUCAUGACAUCCAUCAACAGCUCCCAGAGUGGCCAGAUGACACCCUCUGUUUCAGAGGGGGCCAGCCAGAAGCUUCCGUCAGAGCCAGGGACCAGUGCUCUCGAGGGUGGACUCGGCAGUUUAGCACCCUGCUUCUUAGCGGAACAGCAGGAGGACAGCAGCAGGCCUGGCACAGAUGGGGCCCAUAAAGAACCUCCGCCGAGCAGUGAGUCUGAAGGGAAGAAGCCCAACGGAGGAGCCCCCCAGGAAGAAAGAGAAGGCUUCCUGUGUGCACCUGGCCCCAUUCCUGCCCCCGCCCCUCGUCAGGGGCUGAGCCCAGUGUCUCGGGACCCAGAGUCUGGGUCAGCGGCCCAGGACUGCCCAGACCAGGAGCAGACAUCCAGCAAGACUGUCAUUAUAGUUUAUGCAGAUGGGAACACAGGCUCCACAGCUCCACCACCGGGGGCUCUGGAAGUGGCCAGGCAGGCCCCCAACGACGGCGGCCGAAGUGGGGCACUGCCGAGCUCCUCCGAGGCCUUGGGAGAGGCGGGGCCAGACCAGACCACCUGUGGCUCCUCAGACCCCACUGCAGCCUCCUCGCCUCUCAUUCUUGAGAACCAAGAGCCUACUGUGGGUGUUGGUGAUCCCAGCCUUCUCCCCCUGGAAGUGGAUCCAGGUGCAGAUGUGAUGCCGAGCCCUAGUCAGAAGAGGCUAGGUGACGCGUGCGCACUACCUUCCCCGGCGGAGCCUGUAGAUGGGAGAGCAGACGAGCAGAGCAGCAAGGGUCAGUUGGACCCCAAACCUCCAGGGUACAGCCUAUCCCUGGGAAUUACAAGCCCAUCAGAGGAUAGAGAAGUGGUGAAUGCCCCUCCCCAAGGACCUUGGAUCCGCACUGCUCAGGACUCUGCCGAACGGACUGUUUGGGGGUGUUCUUCACCCAUGGAACUCGACUUCCUGGCCGACAGCCAGAUACAGGGUGCCCUGGAUACCCCAGACUUUGAAGCCCUACCUGAGCAGCCAUCUCCUGUGGGCAGCAGAUCAGUCCCCUGCUGGCCUGGCACCAGCCCACCUGCUGAUGGAGCCCCCAUCAGUACUACCCAACCAAGGACCUGUGACUCCCGGAACAAGGGGAUCAAGGCUGCGAAGGCCCCAGAGCUGGAGGAUGCCACGGCCACCGUGUGUGGUCUUGUCAUGGAGCUGUCCAAUCUCAACCGGCUGAUCAUGAGCACCCACCGCGACCUGGAAGCCUGCAAGCGCCUCAGCUACCGGCAGGGGAAGCUGGCAGGAAAAAUCCCUGCACCCUAUGCCUCCAAGGGAGCCGGGAACAUCCCUCGUGGGGAGCAGGCAUGGAGGGACAAAGGUGGCCUUGCUUCCCUGAGGUGGAGGGCGCCUGCGCCACCUGCUGGCAGCCAUCUGCUCUGA